CUGACACUUUCCUGGGGGGCGGGACUUUGACUCUUCCAGGUAGGUAUGAAAGAGAGAUAUAUGAAAGGCGGCGAGUAAAAACAGUAGGCAAAGAAGAUGGCGUCCAGUAAAAAGGGUGGAGAGAAUGGCAAAUUGGAGCGAGGUGUAAAUGGAAGACGGUCUUCUAAACUCAAGGAGGGUCCAGUGGCAGACGAUGACGGGACCCUCCUGAGCAGAGGAGACACAGACUUGGACCAAGACUUAAACUCAGAUGCUGUGAUGGACACCAAGGCGGUAUUUGCAGCCCUCUACAGCGUGUGUGAAGAAAAUGCCACGUUCUUCUCGGCUGGAGGCAAAGUGUCGCAGGCCGACUCAGCAAAGCGAUUGGUCGAGUCUAUGAAGCUGAUUCAGGAACAUGCUCGCAGCCUGGAACCUGUCAUUUCUGGCUUUGCUGCCAUUUAUCAUCACUUUGACUUUGAUCCACUCAUCCCUGCUAAUGGCUACCGCUCUUUGGUUAAGGUGGUGCGUUGCUGCCUUCUCCACAUUAUCCACAAGGGGCGCUACAUUGCAGCCAACCGGCGCAGCAUCUUCUUCCGAGCAGCGCAUAACGCUGGGGAAAUGGAGGCCUAUUGCAGUGCGCUGUGCCAGCUGCGUGCCUUGCUGUAUCUGGCUCAGCGAAUGCUGCAUGACAACAGUCACGGCAACCUGUUUUUCCAAGACGAAAGUGGACUGAGUGAGAGUUUCAUUCGGGAGUACGCAUCCAUGCACAAAGGCUGCUUUUAUGGCCGCUGCUUGGGCUUUCAGUUUACUCCAGCCAUUCGACCCUGCCUGCAGACCAUCGCUAUCGGCCUUGUUGCAUUUGGAGAAAACUACAAGCGGCAUCAGUCAGGAAUAGUGGACGCAAGCGGUAUUGCACCAUAUGGUGUUGCUGCCAGCUCUUUCUUUACCUCAGGAAAAUAUGCCAUCGAUCCAGAGCUGAGAGGGACAGAAUUUGAACGCAUCACUCAGAAUCUGGAUGUUCAUUUCUGGAAGACCUUCUGGAACAUCACUGAGACUGAGGUCUUGUCGAGUCUUGCCAGCAUGACAUCAACACAAGUUAAGGUGAACCGAGCCCUUUCUGUGCCCCCAGUGGCCUUUGACCUUCCCUUGGCAGCCAAUCAUAGAGCAUCAGCAACCAUAGCGCCGCCUUCAGCACACAUCGGCAUUGCUCCCAUCCAGAUGAGACUCAUCUCUUAUGACUUACGUGAAGGACAGGAUAGUGAAACUUUGCUGUCAAUGUCCCGUUCUGAAGGAGGGGCUAUCUCUCUGUCCCUGGGGCUAAAGACCAAGCGCCUCCCGUCUUCUCCCUUCCUCCUGAUCCAUUUUCAUGGUGGAGGCUUUGUGGCCCAAACUUCAAAGUCACAUGAGCCCUAUCUCAAGAGCUGGUCCCAGGACCUUGGUGUUCCCAUCCUGUCCGUGGACUACUCUCUGGCCCCUGAAGCCCCCUUUCCUCGGGCGCUGGAAGAAUGUUUCUAUGCUUACUGCUGGGCUUUGAGAAACCACCACUUACUUGGAUGGACUGGAGAAAAAGUGUGCUUGGCUGGUGACAGUGCAGGAGGCAAUUUGUGUGUGACGACGUGUAUGCGUGCCGCUGCCUUUGGUGUUCGGAUGCCAGACGGCGUUGUGGCGGCCUAUCCAGCCACCCUGCUCACAGCCUACGCAUCCCCCUCCCGUCUGCUUACGCUUAUGGAUCCCCUGCUGCCACUCAGUGUGCUCUCCAGGUGUCUCAGUGCCUACGCAGGCAGCGAGCCUCAGACGGAGAAGCAGGUAGAAAGAGUGAGCACGCUGAGCCUGGUGAAAAGAGAUACGGCGCUGUUCCUGCGAGAUUUCCGGCAGGGAGCCUCCAACUGGAUCCAUUCCCUGCUGGAUUCCAACAGAGGCUCGGCCGCCCCCAGCACAGCUCCAGAGACGCCCCCAGAUACCACCGACACGCGUGUCGCUGAUACAGUAAGGAAGAGCGUCUCCGAGGUGUCCAUCUCAUCUCCUCACGCCGACCCUCCUGUGCUCCCAGAACCGGCGGCGCUUCCCAACAGGAAGCUGUCUGUUAAAAGCAAGACUUGCCAGGACUUGAGGCCUCCCAGCAGCUGUGUUCCCGGAGCGCCGCCGGUCUCCGCGCACACCAUAGAAGAUGUAAGCUUCUUCCUCUUCAAAGAAACGGACCCCAAUAUCUCCCGCGACCUGUCCUCAGUGGCAAUACCGCCUCCUGCUGCAGAGGAGGGAAUAGAGCUGCAGCACCCCAGGGAGUUUCCUUUGGGAUUCGAGCCUCUGCGCUCGGAUCAGUUUGCUGAAAUGAAGUUGCAGAGUUCUCCGGUGUUCAAAGAUCCUUUCUGCUCACCUCUGCUGGCUCCUGACAGCAUGCUGAAGGGACUGCCACCCAUACACAUCGUGGCGUGUGCGUUGGACCCCAUGCUGGAUGACUCCGUGAUGUUUGCCAAGCGUCUGAGGAGCGUAGACCAGCCUGUCACUUUAUGCGUGGUGGAUGACCUCCCCCACGGCUUCCUCAGCCUAUCGCAGCUCUCCAAGGAGACCAAGGAGGCUGCCAAUGUUUGCGUGGAGCGGAUUCGCGCCGUGUUUUUGCAGGACACGCCCCCCGAGCCCCGCAAGCACCGCAAGCUGGAACGGACCGAUAGGGGUGUGUCGGCUCCUUCUGGCGAACGUGGUUCUCUUCUUGUGGGCUCCAUCGAGGAAGAGGAGCCCGCUGUGGGCAGAGAGGCUAAAUCGGCUGUGGGGGAGGACUCAGUUUCUGUGACGGCUCAGAAUAACACUGACGCUGGGGGCGUUGGUGCUUAAAUAAAGUUGGAUUAAAAAAAAAAGUGACCUUAUGUCACCCAAGGGGGAGAGAGAGAGAGGAAGAGUAAAUGAAAGUCAGACUGAAGUUAGCAUUAAUGAGAGAGGAAGACGACAUCCUGGAAACCAAAGGGGUUUUGUUUGAAAGGCAAAAAAAAAAAAAAAAAAAAUGUUCUCUUCCUCUGUUGCACAGCACCAGCCUCUUGUCAUGCACCUCAUGUCGUCGUCCCCCCCCAAAAAAAACAGACUUUUUAAGAAGACGCUUGGAUCAGAAACCAGCACUGACUCACCGGCUGCAAAGAUUCUCCUUGUUGUUCAGCAGUGGAAUCUCCAGCAGAACGUUCCCAACCACUUAUUCACAUCCAAGCGUCUCUAAUCAGAUGAUGGGGGGGGCACACACACUAUAUGCUCCCGUGUGGAGUUCUCUACAUCAAAAUGGCCACUUGUUCUUUAGGGAUCCGCCUGAAUCCCACUUAAUAACUCCAGAUCGUGUUCUCCGUGGAUGCUAACUUUUCCCUCCAGUGGAAAAGUUUAGGGUGGAAGUUUCCAGACUGACGGGUUCCAUUCCCUUUUUUUUUCUUUAGAAAGCUGACACAGUUUGAAUCAUUUUGUGAACUAUGCAGAAAUAUCACAUUAAUCAUUGUGAUUUUCUUUUUUUAAUGAUUUCUGUCUUUUGUCAAGCACAAGCUUUAUAUACUCUAACUUUUUCUGUCUGGUCUCGAUGUUUAUUUACCUCUUUUGAUGUCGGCUUUAAUUCCUAACCUUUUUUUUCUUUAAUAUUUACCAGAAGUAUGUAAAUAUCCAAAAAAACACUCUGUUCUCACCUUUGCCUUAUUAUGCCUCUUGCAAUAUCAACUGGAGGAGUGUUUAUUAGCCAAGAUGCGUUCAUUUUUUUUACCUUGCAAGUUGUCAACUUUUAAUAUGUCAAGAGUGAAAGCAGGAAAAUGACAAAGAGGAGGAGAGGAAAGCUCUGCUAGCAAUACGCAUUUCAGACUCCACUGCACUGAUUUCCUCACAUCUGUCACAUCCAUCCUGGUGUUGCUUUGCCCUCGUGAAGGAAUCACUUUCCUUCAGCCUUGGGAUUUCUGUUGUCUCACUCACACCCCCCCACCACCACCACCACCACCUUUAUUUCUUGUAAUCCAGGUAGUGUCGAGCAAAGUCGUAAACCCUCCAUUCUACCACAUUUGGGUGCUACCGUUUUUUUUCCCUGCCUUUGCAUCAGUGGAGGGCAGUCUGAGCUUGUUGCCAUCAAAGCACUUUAACCAUGUCCUUCAGUCCAUACAUGAGGUCCAACUAAAUAUAGUUGCCAGCGACGCUGGCUCUGUCCGUUGCCCUGCCUGGUAACAGCUAGGGUUGCCAGAUCUGCAGAGAAGCUGUGUGAAUAGGAUUUAGCUGACACCCUGGAGAGCAAAAUUCCGCCCCUGUAGAAGCAGGAUUUGAACAGCAGUCAUGCUUCAGGAUUAGACCAAAGUGUUCUGUCAGAGUCACGAACUUACUGCUAUAUUUUUAGUCUGUUUUUGGGGGUGAAAAAAAGAGGAAAAGGAAGUUCAAGCUGUGACUUAGACUGGUCGGAUGCGUGAUCUCACUUCAACAGCCGUAUGUGCCAACCGUGCACUUCUGCUGCACUUGGUUUGUUAGGCAGUGCAAGUUUAUUUUAGGGUCAAGUUUGUAUUCCACGUCAUUGUUUGUGGGUCACAUCGAGUGUGUGUGUGUGUAAACUCAUAGCGCCUUUGUGAAGCAAAAAAAGCACAAACCGCACUUUACAUUAGAGGAGCAACAGCUUAUGUAUUCAAGCAUUGCCUAUUAUGUACUGUGGAUAUGCUACACCACUGCAGAUGAUGGACUGCAAAGCAAGCUGGUCAACUUUUUUUUUUUUUAAACUAUGAAACAUGCUGGCUUUUGUAUGAAACACUCCUGUUGACCUGUCAAUCAUCCUGUGACCACUUAAGAGUUUUUUUUUUCAUUUUUACCCUUUUGUACUUAUGUAGUGUUUUUGUCAUUGAAUGCAGAAACUGUGUUUUCAAAUGUUGACAAGUUUGAGCUGAAAUAAGUAUUUUAGUGUAGAUUUGACUCAUUGACUGUAUAUGAGAACUGGACUGAGCGCGUGAGACGUCACCCAUAGAACAUGAAUUACUUCCAGUUCCUACAAAAGGAAGGCAAUUCAGGCGCCAUUUUUGUCAAUAUGGCAACCACUCUCACCAAUCAGAAGUAAGCUUGUUGGGACUAAACCCCUACCACUUGAAAGCGGGCUACACAAAAUCUGCGAAUCAAGAAUGGUUUCUCUGACAAAAACAUUGACCGAGUUAUAGUUUAUUUCUCUAUUGAAGGAUUUUGGCGUCUUGGAGCCAGUGGGUACUUCCUGUUUGGAACACCAGCAGGGGGGCCUCACUCAGUCCAGGUCUUUUAUACAGUGAAUGGUUUCACUGUUGCUAUUUCAUAGAACUUGUAUGUUUAAAAGUUAUGCUGCUGAAGGAAAAAAGCUCUUGUGCACAUAUAGAGUUUCUAGAUUGAGUAAUGUUUUCACUUCAACUUAAAUGUCAUUUCAGUCCAGCGGUGCUUCCAAGACUCCGCCUCUAAAGCGUGGCAGCAUGUCUACUAAACAGAUUACACGUUAGCAUGGUUUUUCUUCCCCGUGUGCACGUGCGCUGUUCAGACACUGCCAAAUUAACAGCAUUCACUAAUUACUUUGUCCAGAAAGAUGGAAUUCAGAGGAAGAAAUAACCAAAUCCUUUUUGUGGGGUUCAAUGACGCAUGUGGAGAGCCGAAUGGCUGCCAGUGGACAGACGACACACUUGAGGUGAAGAAGAAACAUGGCAGUGGCUGUGAGUCAUUAAGCAGAUGAUGCUCUGUUACGCGUUUGAGGAAACGUGAAUGAAAUGUUCUCUAUUCACGUGCACAAAAUAGCUUUAUUUGAGCUUGAUCAAGUAUUUAUGCAAUAAACUCAACCCACUUUAGCUUUUCUGUUAAAAGUGCUGUUUAUUGUUGAUCCAAACAUGUUUUAAAAACACUUUACAGAAUAUUAAAGAAAGGCAACCCUACUGCAUGGUGCACACGCUGCAGUAUUUUAAUCUAAAAUAUUUCAUUUUAAAAAAACAAAAACCUCAUAGUUGGGAGUCUUAAGUUUGAAAGAACCAAAAACAUGGAUGUUCUCACAGCAGAUGCUGACCUUGCUGUUUCACGUGUGCUGCUUUCAUUGAAAGUGCCGCUCAGUGAUAACCUGUACAUGCAAACGUUGGAGAGAGAGUAAGCCAUACUGUAAACUUGUAUACUCCAUGUUUUUAAAAUGUUCCUUUGUUGAAAACACCAUAAGUGCAAACGUGAAUAAGAAUGUAUUCUUGCAGAAAUUGUUGGUAGACUCAUUUACUUUGCCGGUUGCCGAAAAAAAACAACAUAUCUGAUGCACCAAGUUUUCUUUGGAUUUUAUUUAAAUAAACAUACUCUACCAUAA